AUGAGCAUGAUGAUGAUGCCCUGGUUGUUGCUGCUCCUUCUCCUGGUCAACUUCAGCUCCCCUGCGCCCAGGCUCUCGGAAAAAGAUACCUGCCUCUUAGACAACAACAAAUUAAGACAAAGGUUAAAACACCUUCAAGACUUGCUUUACUUGUAUGAACUGCAGCUGAAGGACAUCCUGGAGAACACUUACCAUAGAACAAGGAGUGGGCUGUUCUCAGGCAACAGGAGUGUGCAGCAUGAAACACUUCUGCCCACAACCAGUGGGAAUUUGAUCGUCUAUGACCAAGAUUGCUCUGCAGUGUACAACAGGAGGAAGACAGAGAGUGGCUACUACCGGCUGAGGCCCAGGGCAGGGCGGGAGCCCUUCCUGGCAUACUGCGACAUGUCCGACGGGGGGGGCUGGACCGUCAUCCAGCGGCGCAGCGGCGGCAGGGAGGACUUCAACCGGAAGUGGGAUGAUUACAAACUGGGAUUUGGGAGAUUCCAGGGCAAGAAUGAUGAAUACUGGCUGGGCAAUGACCACAUCUAUGACCUGCUCACUAGAGGGGAGACCUCCUUAAAGAUUGACCUGAUGGACUGGCACGGGGAGAGACGUUAUGCCAUCUAUGAACGUUUCCAGCUUGCAAACGAGCAGGCCAGUUACAGGUUAUGGUUUGGCUCCUACUCUGGCAACGCCGGCGACGCUCUGUCUGGAGGGAGCAGUUUUGAAGAGCAGUGGUCAGCCUCUCACAGAGGGAUGCAGUUCACCACAUCUGACAGGGACCACGAUCGCUUCCUGGCCGGCAACUGUGCCUCAGAGAACAAGGGUGGCUGGUGGUUUAACAGGUGCCAUGCUGUAAACCUCAACGGGCGCUACUACAGGAGAGGGAAGUACAGUGGCCCCCACGAUGAUGGUCUGGUGUGGUCUACGUGGCAUGGGAUGUGGUACUCACUGAAAUACUCAGCCAUGAAAAUCAGGCCUCCAUCUUUUCUUGACAGCCAGAGUGGAGAUGGUGAGGACAGCCAGGUCAGCUGAAAACUCCUGCUCUGGAAAGAGAAGCAGUACAGG